AUGGGGAUAACGUGGGGCAGGAGCGCCUUGCCGAACUCCCCCCUUGUGCAGCAACAGCUGUACCAGCAGCAGCAGCAGCAGCAGCAGCAGCAGCAGCAGCAGCCCUUGUUGUGUUUCUGCAUUCACACACAAUGGGUGCCCCAGAAGGGGGAGAUGGACUGCGGGCUUGCAUGCGCUCAAAUGAUUUUGAAGACUCUGCACACUUCGGGCGGCAUCCCUCAGCCUUCGUUUUUGCUAGUUGAUCAAGAAGGAGACAGCAGCAGCAGAGGAGACAGCAGCAGCAGCGGAGACAGCGACACAGACAGCGCCGCUGAGUGCGCAUGCACUGCAUGCAGCACCUCCCUUCCCGCAGAAGCAGGGGGCCCCCCUUAUUUGCAAACCCUCUCUGGGGGCCCCUCACCAGCUGACCCUCCCCGCGCUGGAGCAACGGCUGUCUUUGUGUCUCCUUCUCGUGAUGCUGCCUCUGCUGCAGACGCUGCUGCAGCAGCUACAAUAACUGCAGCAGCAGCUACAGCAGCAGCAGCAACUACAGCAGCAGCUGCAAAUGCGGCAGCAGUAGCAGCAGCAGCUACAAAUGCUGCAGCACCAGCAGCAGCAGCAGCUACAAAUGCUGCAGCACCAGCAGCAGCAGCAGCAGCAGCAGCUACAAAUGCUGCAGCACCAGCAGCAGCAGCAGCAGCUACAACUGCUGCUGGUGCUGGCUCUCGUGAGCGCUGCAUCUGCAUGGAAGAGGUCUCCGCAGGAUUGCAGCGUGAAGGCGGGGGUAGGAGGAGAGUCUUGUCCUCAGGUUUAAUCGAGAAAGACAUUAUUAGGGUCUCUGCAUGCGAAUUAGAGAAGGGUGUUUUUGGGGCUGAGCUUACCAGGGCCCCGCAACCUGCAUGCGCAAGACAAGCAAAAAAGCUGCUAAAGAAAAUCUCUUGUGGAGGCUGGACUGUCGAUUUGCUGCUGCUGCUGCAGCACCUCCCUUGCGGCAUUGCUACUUCUUACCUGGGCUUCAACCCCAAACAUGCAGACAAACCCUUCUACCAGUCCUUUUCUACAGCCCCUAACUCUUUAGAAGCGGAGGCUAAACGCGUCGCUGUAAACUUUAAACGCGCCCGUCGCCUGGGCUUGCAGAUUAUUGGGCAGUGA